UUGCCUCCAGUUAGCCUCUUAUACUCUUUUUUCAUUAGCACCCUCCAAUGGCUAUCUUAACCCAAACCAAGUUCCUCCCAAGUCCCAAAAACCAACUCCACACUUCCCACACUCCAAUCCUCCGCACUCGAGUGCAUUGCUCCGCCACCAACACCACUACCAAGGCGAACCCCAGCCCGGAAAAGCUAGUCAUCAAACCGCCACUACAGUGGCUCGAGCCCUCACCCUCACCCUCACCCUCACCCUCACCCGCCCUACUCAGAGACACUCACACCACCAUCCGUCCUCCACGACCCAAUGACCCAAGUUUGCUAUCCACAUGGUCUCACCGUACAUGGGUGGCAAGUGGGUGCACUACUGUCCUUGUUUCUCUAGCCAAGUCCAUAACUUGUGCAGCUGAUUCACACAUAUGGCUCGAGCCCAUUUUGGCAGGCUUGGUUGGGUAUGUGCUGGCAGACCUUGGGUCCGGAGUGUACCAUUGGGGCAUUGACAAUUAUGGCGAUGCCUCGACUCCAAUUUUUGGCGUCCAGAUCGAAGCGUUCCAAGGCCAUCAUAAGUGGCCUUGGACAAUCACUAAGCGACAAUUUGCCAACAAUUUACAUGCCUUAGCUCGCGUGGUGACUUUCAUUGUGCUUCCUAUAAACCUUGUGUGUGAUGAUCCGGUUGUUAAUGGGUUUGUUGCAAUGUGCUCCGGCUCCAUUAUGUUUAGCCAACAGUUUCAUGCUUGGGCUCACGGCACUAAAAGCCGCCUGCCACCGCUCGUGGUGGCGUUGCAAGAUUUAGGAGUCUUGGUAUCCCGGUCGCAACAUGCAGCACACCAUCGGCAGCCUUAUAACAACAAUUACUGCAUUGUAAGUGGGAUUUGGAAUGAGCUUUUGGAUCAGCACAAGGUUUUCGAGGCAUUGGAGAUGAUCUUGUAUUUUAACCUAGGGUUAAGACCCAGGUCUUGGAGUGAGCCUACCUCUGAAUGGACUGAAGAAAUUGAGACUGCUUCACAACUUCCAGCCCAAUGAACCUUUUUGUUCUUUUGGGGAUUUUAAUUAAAGCGGGUGAUUUCCACACUCACAUUUUCAAUUCCAACAGUCCUCGAUUCUAUCUACCCAGUACAUUGAAUAAUUCAUAGGAGAAUGAACGACGGAACUAAAGAGAGGAGUGUCGGAGGUGAAUAGGGAAGGGCAGAAAGUGCGGAAAUCACUUCCCGUAAUUGAUUACCCACCAUUUCUUCAGUUCACAGAAUUAUUUACUCACUGCAUAUGUAUAAUGCAGUAUUUCUUUCAAAAGAUUAGUUGAUGUCUAUGUAUGUGAUCACCAGUUAUUGUAUCAGCUUCAUCUAGUUCAA